UAUCUCUAAGGAAGUUCCAUCCAUAUCUAAAGUCAUUGGAAAAUAAGCUUCUGUUUGCAAGAAAACUUAUUCCUGUUGCAGAACCAUGGAGUUUGACCGCUGGAAAGACUACUUGCAGCUAGCUGCGCUAGUCCAGGAGAUGGCAAGUGAGAGGAGAAGGCAAAGCCAGCAACCACCUUUAGCUUCUUCAAGUGCAGCAGAUGCCAACUUGCCAGCCAAGGAGACAAUUCAGACUGACAAUGCCACCCCUCAGCCUUCUUUAACCAGAAAGUUGGCUAGCUGUCCAGCAGAGGAAGACAAUAGUUUUUUUACCCAGAAGAUGGACAACGGGAAUUGGAAUUACACCACUAAACAUCCCUUUAAAGUUCCUGCAGCUUCUAUUCUGGUUAAGAAGGACAACACCUUGCAUAUCCAGAAGACUAUAGCAGCUGAGGUGAGGAAUUACUUCCCUGAACCCCAAUCAACCGGAAACCUUAAUAGCCAUCCUGCAUGUGAGACUCUGCCUAAAAACAACACCAGCCUCGAAGUUGUGGAUAGGGCAAAUAAGACUGAGACUGAUACCCCUGAACUUCCUUCACCCAGUACCCAUUCUGCUAAUGCAAAUCAUGGAGAGGGCAGCAAAGAAGGUAGCAAGCCAGACAUGCAGUGCGGCAUUUGCCCUAAAGAACAAGGUGCAACUGAGAACUUCUGCAAGUUCUGCAAGCACAACGGGGAGUCCACCAGAGUUUUUACCUCCCACACUUUGAGGAAUUCGAGUGGAAUCGUCAUCUGCCCCGUCCUUCGCAAAUACACUUGCCCCUUGUGUGGGGCAACGGGGGACGUCUCCCACACACUCAAGUAUUGUCCCUUCAAUGAUGACAAAGGCUGUCUCUACAACAAGAGCGGGCGCAAUUCUGCAGGUCGCCAAGUUAGGCGCUAAUUUAAAGGGCUCAUUAAAAGUCUACUUUAUAUCUUGUGUCUUUGAGAUGCUUUGUUAUA